ACUACACCAAUAAACAAUACAAGUCGCUCUCACCACCCCCUCCUCCCUCUCUCUCCCUCUCUCUCUCUCUCUCUCAAUACACAAACGCGCAGUUUUCUCUCUCUAACUGUGUUUUUUCUCUGCGAAAAAAUCCUGAAUUUCUCAUCAAUUUCAAUCUAUUUUCUUCCCGAAAUUAACAAAUACAUGUUCAGCAAUGCACGAUCUUUCAUUUAAAUGCAAUUUUGAGUUCUGAAACUCGAGCUUUCACCGUGUUUACACUGAAAAAAGGCAUUGAGUUGGAGGAACAGAAAUGCUUGAAGCGGUGGAGAGUUCCGUCAAUGGGGGUUUCGCACAAUUGCAGAGCUGUGGUGACAGUAGUGAGGAGGAGCUUUCUGUGCUUCCUCGUCACACCAAAGUGGUGGUGACUGGGAAUAACCGGACAAAGUCUGUUCUUGUGGGUCUCCAAGGCGUGGUCAAGAAGGCUGUUGGGUUAGGAGGGUGGCAUUGGCUGGUACUUACAAAUGGCAUAGAAGUGAAGCUGCAGAGGAAUGCCCUCAGUGUGAUUGAAGCUCCCACCGGCAAUGAGGAAGAAGAUGACCUUGAUUUUGAGAACAUGCAGUGGAAUGGAUCAGAUAUGGCAUCCGAUGACACCCAAAAGUCGCAUAGAUCAAGGCACAGAGUGCACAAAUCAUCGGGGUCUUCUCAUAAGACAAUGUGCAGAUCUCUUUCUUGUGACUCCCAAUCUAAAGGGUCUAUUUCUACACCUCGUGGGUCCACGACAUCUGCCUUGCAGAAAGUUGACCUAAGCAAACUGGAGAUGGCUGCUUUGUGGAGAUACUGGCGACACUUCAAUCUUGUGGAUGCUUUUCCUAAUCCAUCUAAAGAGCAGCUAGUAGAUGUUGUUCAGAGGCACUUCAUGUCGCAGCAAAUCGAUGAGUUACAGGUCAUUGUUGGGUUUGUUCAGGCGGCAAAGAGACUGAAGACAGUUUGCAAAUGACCUUGAGACAAUCAUUUCAGAUCGGAGACGUUCGAGUUUGAUUGUCAAUGCUAACAGAUACUUGGUACCUAAAAUGUCCACUUCCCCUGUAGUGAUAUCUGUAAAAUAUCUGUCCAGGCUAGAUAUGGUUGUUUAUGUUUAUGGAGUCGUCGGUUGGUAGGUUAGUGAUUAAUCUGUUUGAAUUAUAGAGGCUCUUACCUUUUUUGGUAGUGUGUAGUUAUGUAGAUAUAUGUAAAACUUAUGACAAAGACUUCUCAGAAGAAACGUAUUGCUUUUCAUUGAAGCUUGGUUGAAUGUAUUGCUGACAUCGGGAGGUGGGUCUUUUUUUUUAUUUAAAUGUAAAUAUUCUUAA